AUGGCUGAAACCUUGAGCCCGAACCCUAAGCAAAGGGGACCCUUCUCUCCUUCAAGCCCAUUCUUCUUGGGCUCCAAUGAUGACAAACUCGAACGCGCUCAGGCACGUGCCGCUCGGGCUGCCGCCGUGCGCCGGAAACCUGCCGCCCCUACGACAGCCACUUCUCCCAAGGCGGAUCCAUUGCUCGGAAAAGAACAGAUCCUCGAAUUGUUUCAGAACUGCAUCAAACUUGCCAGCGAAAACAAAAUUAACCAGAAAAACACGUGGGAGCUGAAUUUGAUUGAUCAUCUUUACGAGAUUAUUAGAGUCGACGAAGAGAAUGAUGUGGAAACCAAUUUUCAGAAGGCAAGUUGUACCCUUGAAGCUGGAGUUAAGAUUUAUUCAAUGAGGGUGGAUUCAGUUCAUUCAGAAGCAUAUAAGGUUCUUGGAGGAAUUAAUCGUGUUGGGCAAGAGGAUGAACAAGAUAAUUUCGUGGAGAAUGCCAAUAUCGAUAAUGCGCAAGAGGAAGGCCACUCAAAGAAAGACCGAGAAAGAAAGUUGUCACCAUUGUCCACACUGGAGUCAUCUUUUGAGGCUCUAAAUGUGAAGAAGUUUGAUGUUGCAUUUGUGGUGGAUCCUCUCUACCAUCAGACAUCUGCACAGUUCGAUGAAGGUGGGGCGAAGGGUCUUUUGCUGAACAAUCUUGGAGUGUAUGGUAACUGCCGAGUGUUAUUUGAUUCUCUGGAAGUACCUGGGAAGUGUUCGUCUUUUGAGGCUCAAGGUGAUGGAGCUGAGGCAAUUGAUAUAUCUUUUGCUAGAGAAUGCAUUGAACAAAUGGUAUUGGAUAUGCCUAAGAAGCAUGAAAUAUCACCCAGUCUUAGGGCUAUAUUCGAUGUAUUUGACGAGGACAAGCAAAAACCAUCUGAAUCAUUUUCUUCUGGCAAAAGUUGUUCUGCGCAAGUUUUCCAAACUGCCGAUAGUAAUCACGAGGAAGAUAAUGAAGCAUUUGAGAGUUUUGGAACUUGGGGCUUCGAUCAUGAUGAAAAAGCAAGUGUGGUAGAUGAAGGAUCUUAUGAUCAAGAUCAAAAUUUUCCAAGCCAACUGGAGGAUAAUAAACGUUUUAAUUUUGGUGACCUUGACGAGAAUAAUAGUUUUGAGAAAGUCGAUGGCUAUUUGUUUUCAAGUUUGGGAUUUGCGUCAAAGAAAAAUGCCUGGGCGGGUCCAGAUCAUUGGAAGUAUCAGAAGGGUAAAGAUUCUGAAGAUCCAGCAAAGGAUAAUGGAUUACCAAAGACCAUAAAAGCAAAAAAUAGAAAAGCAGAAUCUGACAUUGAGCUGUCAAAUGCCUUGGACAAAGAUGUAUCGGAUAUCUUUGCUCCUCCAAAGAAUCCCAAGUCACUAUUCCUGCCAACAAAUAGAGCACCGUGUAACACUAAACUCCCAGAAGAUUGCCAUUACCAACCGGAGAAUCUUGUGAAGCUAUUUCUGUUACCUCAUGUUACGUGCAUCGGAAGGAGAGGAAGCAAGACAACAGAUGAAGUAAGUCAACAAAGAGAUGACUAUGGAGAAAUGCCAUCAUGGGAUGAUGAAGGUGGUUUUGGAGGCACAUUUGAUGAUGGAACUUCUUAUAGUGAUGUUGAUGAAUCAAGCACUUUGGUCUCUCAACCUCGACAGAUUAGUAAGAUUGAAGUCCAGUUUGAUAAAACAUCUAAACAAGUUGAUGUUCACUCACUCAAGGAAACCCUGUGGGACCAUAUACAGAAAUUCAACGGAACUUCAAUUCAGGAAGAAACUGUGUCUUUCAGGCAAGUACUAGCCAAUUUCCCAGACGAAUGCAAAGAAGCAGCAGCAGCUUCUGUUAACGACAUAUCUCUGCAUUUGUGCUUCAUCUGCCUAUUGCAUCUAGCUAAUGAACACGGAUUGUCAAUUCAUGGCUGUCCCAGCUUGGAUGAUCUCACCAUACAACUUAAAUGA